AAAGAAAAGGAAAACCAAAUAUGACACUUCUCCAUUUUAUUACUUGUUCAGUUGCUCCAUAUAGAAGAAGACAGGACAGGAGUACUUCGUGAGAGAGAGAGAGAGAGAGAGAGAGAGAGAGAGAGAAUUUAAUUAAAACUAAAACCAGACCUUUGCCAUUUUUGCCUCUCACCAUCUUCUUCAUUCUUCCCAUUUUUCCUCUUCCAGCCAUUACCCAAAACGGGUCUGGCCUCCCUGAUACAAGUUCCUGACAACUUUUUUUUUUGCAACCUUGUCGGUUUUCUUUAAGAUGGAGCUUGUUAUCAAGUUUUCUUCCCCACCAUUUCGCUACCAAGCUUGCCUUGUCAUUGUUACCAAACCAGAAAAUGGGUAAUGCAACUAGCUAUCAUCCUGUCCCCAUCAACGAAGAUGUCCUUCCUCAACCUCAAGUCAACAUCUCGGUGGCGGACGAGCAUGAAGCUGGUGAAAACUGCUGCACCAGCUUCUACAAACGAUUCGGAUGGUUCCACUACAUCGCAGGGGCAAUGGCUGUUAGGGAAACAGUAUGGAAGAGAACGAUUGAAGGAGUGAUUAGAUCACUCUCCUUAGAGUAUUUAUUUGCCCCCACUACUUCGUUGCUGGUAGGAUUUAGGCAAACCACCCCCAGGAGUCCCUCCAUUCAAAUUCAGAAAGCAGCACCUUUCGUGACUUCUGUGUUUGUGUUUUUGGAGAAGGAAAAACAAGGAGAAGAAGAUGAACGUUGGAAGAGAAAUUCGGCUGCAGACUUUUAUAGUGAAAAUGGCAGUUCCCUUCUGAAGGGUUACAUCGUUUCACAAAAUUCAAAAUCAAAUAAUUACAAAAGUAUAUUUAAACAAAAGCUAAACAGUAAACACAAGUCAUCCGCUCACAUGAGAAACAAAGAAUGACCAAGUCAAACAAUAUAAAGAAAAAUUCAACAGAAAAAACAUAUAAAGAAAAGGAAAAACAAAUAUGACACUUCUCCAUUUAAUACUUGUUCAGUUGCUCCAUACAGAAGAAGUCAGGACAGGACAGGACUACUUCGUGAGAGAGAGAGAGAGAGUUUAAUUAAAACUAAAACCAGACCUUUGCCAUUUUUGCCUCUCACCAUCUUCUUCAUUCUUCCCAUUUUUCCUCUUUCAGCCAUUACCCAAAACUGGUCUGGCCUCCCUGAUGCAAGUUCCUGACAACUUUUUUUUUUGCAACCUUGUCGGUUUUCUUUAAGAUGGAGCUUGUUAUCAAGUUUUCUUCCCCACCAUUUCACUACCAAGCUUGCCUUGUCAUUGUUACCAAACCACAAAAUGGGUAAUGCAACUAGCUAUCAUCCUGUCCCCAUCAACGAAGAUGUCCUUCCUCAACCUCAAGUCAACAUCUCGGUGGCGGACGAGCAUGAAGCUGGUGAAAACUGCUGCACCAGCUUCUACAAACGAUUCGGAUGGUUCCACUACAUCGCAGGGGCAAUGGCUGUUAGGGAAACAGUAUGGAAGAGAACGAUUGAAGGAGUGAUUAGAUCACUCUCCUUAGAGUAUUUAUUUGCCCCCACUACUUCGUUGCUGGUAGGAUUUAGGCAAACCACCCCCAGGAGUCCCUCCAUUCAAAUUCAGAAAGCAGCACCUUUCGUGACUUCUGUGUUUGUGUUUUUGGAGAAGGAAAAACAAGGAGAAGAAGAUGAACGUUGGAAGAGAAAUUCGGCUGCAGACUUUUAUAGUGAAAAUGGCAGUUCCCUUCUGAAGGGUUACGUCGUUUCACAAAAUUCAAAAUCAAAUAAUUACAAAAGUAAAUUGAAACAAAAGCUAAACAGUAAACACAAGUCAUCCGCUCACAAGGGAAACAAAGAAUGACCAAGUCAAACAAUAUAAAGAAAAAUUCAACAGAAAAAACAUAUAAAGAAAAGGAAAAACAAAUAUGACACUUCUCCAUUUAAUACUUGUUCAGUUGCUCCAUACAGAAGAAGUCAGGACAGGACAGGACUACUUCGUGAGAGAGAGAGAGAGAGAGUUUAAUUAAAACUAAAAGCAGACCUUUGCCAUUUUUGCCUCUCACCAUCUUCUUCAUUCUUCCCAUUUUUCCUCGUUCAGCCAUUACCCAGAACAGGUCUGGCCUCCCUGAUGCAAGUUCCUGACAACUUUUUUUUUUUGCAACCUUGUCGGUUUUCUUUAAGAUGGAGCUUGUUAUCAAGUUUUCUUCCCCACCAUUUCACUACCAAGCUUGCUUUGUCAUUGUUACCAAACCACAAAAUGGGUAAUGCAACUAGCUAUCAUCCUGUCCCCAUCAACGAAGAUGUCCUUCCUCAACCUCAAGUCAACAUCUCGGUGGCGGACGAGCAUGAAGUUGGUGAAAACUGCUGCACCAGCUUCUACAAACGAUUCGGACGGUUCCACUACAUCGCAGGGGCAAUGGCUGUUAGGGAAACAGUAUCGAAGAGAACGAUUGAAGAAGUGAUUAGAUCACUCUCCUUAGAGUAUUUAUUUGCCCCCACUACUUCGUUGCUGGUAGGAUUUAGGCAAACCACCCCCAGGAGUCCCUCCAAUAAAAUUAGAAAGCAGCACCUUUCGUGACUUCUGUGUUUGUGUUUUUGGAAAAGGAAAAACGAGGAGAAGAAGUUGAACGUUGGAACAGAAAUUCGGCUGCAGACUUUUAUAGUGAAAACGUCAGUUCCCUUCCGAAGAGUUACGUCGUUUCGCAAAAUUCAAAAUCAAAUAAUUACAAAAAUAAAUUGAAACAAAAGCUAAACAGUAAACAAAAGUCAGCCGCUCACAUGCGAAACAAAGAAUGACCAAGUCAAAAAAUAUAAAGAAAAAUUCAACAGAAAAAACAUAUAAAGAAAAGGAAAAACAAAUAUGACACUUCUCCAUUUAAUACUUGUUCAGUUGCUCCAUAUAGAAGAAGACAGGUCAGGACUACUUCGUGAGAGAGAGAGAGAGAGAGAGAGAGUUUAGUUACAACUAAAACCAGACCUUUGCCAUUUUUGCCUCUCACCAUCUUCUUCAUUCUUCCCAUUUUUUCUCUUCCAGCCAUUAACCAAAACGGGUCUGACCUCCCUGAUGCAAGUUCCUGACAACUUUUUUUUUGCAUACUUGUCGGUUUUCUUUAAGAUGGAGCUUUUUAUCAAGUUUUCUUCCCCACCAUUUCGCUACCAAGCUUGCCAUGUCAUUGUUACCAAACCAGAAAAUGGGUAAUGCAACUAGCUAUCAUCCUGUCCCCAUCAACGAAGAUGUCCUUCCUCAACCUCAAGUCAACAUCUCGGUGGAUGACAAGCAUGAAGCUGGUGAAAAGUGCUGCACCAGCUUCCACAAACGAUUCGGAUGGUUCCAAUACAUCGCAGGGGCAAUGGCUGUCAGGGAAACAGUAUGGAAGAGAACGAUUGAAGGCGUGAUUAGAUCACUCUCCUUAGAGUGUUUAUUUGCCCCUAGUACUUCGUUGCUGGUAGGAUUUAGGCAAACCACCCCCAGGAGUCCCUCCAAUCAAAGUCAGAAAGCAACACCUUUCGUGACUUCUGCGUUUGUGUUUUUGGAGAAGGAAAACCAAGGAGAAGAAGAUGAACGUUGGAACAGAAAUUCGGCUGUAGACUUUUAUAGUGAAAACGUCAGUUCCCUUUCGAAGGGUUACGUAGUUUCGCAAAAUUCAAAAUCAAAUAAUUACAAAAGUAAAUUGAAACAAAAGCU